AUGUUCAUUCGAGCACAAUCAAAUACACAUAAAAAAAUAUAUAUAGGUGCUGUCUCCCACACAUUUACAUACAUUUCUGUCUACGCGUUUGGAUUAUUUAAAAUUCUCUCUCAAACUAUGGUUUCUCUAUAUAAUAUGGACUCGAAUCCCGAGUUAUCUUUUAAUACAUCUCAUUAUCCACACCAUCAUGUACCCUACCAUCAUGGAAACGUUUAUGAUCCAUCAGUGCAUAACUCGUCAGCACAGCCAUUACCACCAUCGACCAAUUGGAUGAUGAAUCCUCACCAUUCAAAUUCACAUCUAAUGAUGCCACAUCAUUUACAAGCACCACAUUCACAAUAUUCUAAUGGCAUUCAUGGACCACAUUCAAAUUCUUCGAAAGACGAACCUUCAUCGCCUCUAUCGUCAUCUCCUGAUGGCACAACACCACCAACAUCUUCAUCUGCACUAACUCCGAACUCCCUUUCGACAAGUCAUCAUCAUCAUCAACACCAUCAUCAUAGUUCAUCAGCGAAAAAGUCAUUCGAUGAUCGUGUCAAACGACCAAUGAACGCAUUUAUGGUAUGGUCUCGCGGUCAACGACGGAAGAUGGCACAAGAAAAUCCCAAAAUGCAUAACUCAGCCAUAAGUCGAUGUUUAGGCGCCGAAUGGAAAAGUCUAAAUGAAGAAGAUAAACGACCUUUUAUCGAUGAAGCUAAACGGUUACGUGCAAUUCACAUGAAAGAACAUCCUGAUUAUAAAUACCGACCGAGACGUAAAACAAAAAAUUUACAGCAAACAGCGCCCAUAUCCAAUACUCAUAAUUCAGUUGCAAUGAAUAAUCAUCAUUCACAACAGAAAAAGGACAAGACAAAUCAUUUACAUCUUCAGCAACAGCAACAUCUGCUAAAUUCAUCUUCAGCAAAUCUUCCACCACCAUUACCACCACGAGGAACAAGCUGGGCUUUGCCAGGCAAUGUUAUUGCAACAUCGUCAUCAUCUUCACCCUACUUAACAGAUUGUAAUCCGUCUUAUCCGAUGGCCGAUCCCAAUUCUAUCUAUCCACAUCCAUUUCCUUCCUCGACUAUGUAUCAUUAUGGUCCACCCUCAAGUACAAGCUCUCAGACACCUCCACCCCCAGUUCAAUAUGGUUACACUAACAAUCAGCCGUAUUUGUACAUGAAGCCAGAACCUCUUUCUUCUCAACAACACUUUUAUUCGCCCAUACCACCUGUUCCACAUCAAGAUUAUUCUCCGCCAGAUCCAUCGUCACCUGAACAGCAUAUGUAA